GCUGAGGGGCUGAGGCGAUGAGGCCGCGGCCGCCAUGGCGCUUUCGGGCGGGAACCGGCGGCGGGGUAAGGGCCGGGCAUGGAGCCCCCGAGAGCCGGGAAUCACCCCCGGGAGAACCGGGAAUCACCCCCGGGAGAACCGGGAAUCAUCCCCGGGAGAGAUCUCGGCGCUCCCGCCCGGCGGGAGGCGAUUCCCGGGUGCUGCAGGUGGCUCCCCUCACGCCCUCCCUGUGUCUCUGCUUUCCAGGUGUCCGGGUCCAAAUCUGGCGGCCGCGCUCAGAAUCCAGAAGGUGAUGCUUUGAUGGCACGAGGAGCAGCAGGCGACAUUGCCAGAUUUUCAUCCCGAGGAUGGAUGGAGAAGAAGAAAAUCCUGAUGAAGUCCAAGGUGGCUGCUCCCAACCUCCUGAGGGCUCUGCAUUCCCUGUACCGGCUCGGGCACCUCUGCGACGUGACGGUGCUCACCCAGCACCUGGGAAUCCAGGAGGAAUUCCUGGCUCACAAAGCCGUCCUGGCAGCUUCCAGCAACUACUUCAAGGGGCUGUUCCUGCACCAGGAGAUGCUGGACGCCCCGAAGUGCACGGUGACCCUGCAGGACAUCUACACCGAGGAGUUCACCUGCUUCCUGGAGUUCGUGUACACGGCUGAGGUGGAGAUCGAGGCGGGAAAGCUGCAGCGGAUGAAGGAAAUCGCGGAAAGGCUGGAGUGCAAGGAUCUGCUGGACAUCUGUGAAGAAGUCAAGGCAGAGGGCAGGAAGGGCUUGGAUUUGAGCCUCCACCUGGAAGGGCAGAGGGCUGAAAACGGCGCAUCACAGUGGCCUCGCAUCCAGCAAGAGGAGAACCCCAGGAACUCUUCCCAGGUCGUGGCGAUCCCCAUGCAGAGGAAACUUUGGGAUAGGCAGAAACACAAGGAGCUGCUGCCGGGCUAUGAGCUCAUUGGAGGCCAAGCAGGAGGCCUGGAGCAGGAGGCCACAGCUUUCCCAGCCCCAAAAUCCAGGCCGGCAAAGCCGCCCAAGUGCAACAAGACGCGCUCCCCAAGCAGAGCGGGUGUGGGUAUCCCCAGCCUGGAAAACAAGGAUGGCCAUCCCCUUCCUGGGGGGCUGGAGGGGAAGAGGGAAUGCCAGGCGUGUCCCUACUGCGACAAGGCCAUCAGCUCCAAGUGUGGCCUGGCCCUGCACGUCCGGACGCACACCGGGGACAGGCCCUACCGCUGCCAGCGCUGCCCCGCCAGCUUCGCCCACAGGGCUGCCUACACCUCCCACCUCAGGAAAACCCAUGAGUCUGGGCAAGAGGGGCAACUCCUGCCUGUCUAUUGGAUGAUGGUUCCACCCACGAGCCGUGACAGAGAUCCCAACGGAGAGACUUGGGAUGAGACACCGGAAACCUCGGGGUGUGAGGAAGAUCCCGGGAAUUCAUCCGGGAGCAAGGAGCAAGAGGAAUUCCAGGAAGCUGAAGGAGGAGGGAACGAAGAUGGUGGAAUGAGUGUGAAGGGCGAGGAGCAGGGAGGAUAUGACACAGGAUACUCGGAAGUGGAAGGAAGCAGGGACAACAAGGAAUGUUCCGAGGAGGAGGAGGAUGCAGCCUCAACAGAGAAGGGCAGCAAAGAACCUGAAGCAGGGCUCAAACUGAAGAAGCCCAGCAAGAAAUCCGCCUGCACCAUCCGCUGCGACAAGUGCCAGGAGCGGUUUGCGUCCCGGAGAAAGUACGCGGCUCACUGCCGGGAGGCGCACCGGAGCGCGCCGGGCAAGGCGUACCGCUGCGAGCUGUGCGGCAAGGCCUUCGCCAGCUCCGCCAGCUGCAAGGAGCACCGCGCCUGCGUGCACAGCCAGGAGAGGAGCUUCUCCUGCGGCCUCUGCCACGCCACCUUCAAGAGGAAGAGGGACCUGAGGAGCCACGCGGCGCGCAAGCACGAGGGCCGGGCCAAGCGGCCGCUGUGCUCCGUCUGCGGCAAGAUGCUGAGCUCCCGCACGGCGCUGGUGUUCCACAUGCGCACCCACACCGGGGAGAAGCCCUACGAGUGCGCCGUGUGCCCCUCCAGGUUUGCUCAGCCUUCCCAGCUCAAGAUCCACACCAGGAUCCACACAGGGGAGAAGCCCUUUGUGUGUGAUGAGUGUGGGGCUCGCUUCACCCAGAACCACAUGCUCAUCUACCACAGGCGCUGCCACACAGGGGAAAGGCCCUUCAUGUGUGAGACCUGUGGGAAGAGCUUUGCCUCCAAGGAGUACCUGAAGCACCACAACAGGAUCCACACGGGAUCCAAGCCCUUCAAGUGUGAGGUUUGCUUCAGGACCUUUGCCCAGAGGAAUUCCCUCUACCAGCACAUCAAAGUCCACACAGGGGAGCGGCCCUACUGCUGCGACCAGUGCGGGAAGCAGUUCACGCAGCUGAACGCGCUGCAGCGGCACCACCGCAUCCACACGGGCGAGAAACCCUUCAUGUGCAACGCCUGCGGCCGCGCCUUCACCGACAAGUCCACGCUGCGCCGCCACACCUCGAUCCACGACAAAAACACCCCCUGGAAAUCCUUCCUGGUCAUCGUGGAAGGAGCCUCCAAGAACGACACGGAGGGGCACAAAACGGAGCUUCCCGACGAGGAGUACCAGGUGUCCCCCAAAAUCCCUGAGAAGCUGCUGUCCUUCCCAGAGAGCAGCCCCUGCCAGAGCCUGGCAGCAGUGCCAGAAAGUGGGAAUUCCAGCACGGACUGUAAGGCUCCAGGGGCACAGGAAUCCCUGCUGGGGGAGCUCGCCGUGCUGCACACGCAGACAGACUCGGGGCAGCCCCAGCUCCACGCCCUGGUGAACAUGGAGUAAUUGGGGAUCACCCUCUCCUGAGGCUGCUCCCCUUGUACAGUCCUGAGGGAGGCUGGGGAGGAGUGGAUUUCCAGCUUUCCUGCUCGGGCAGGGUGGCACCACAGCGGGGAAUUGGUGGGAGCUGGUUGCCUGGGAGUUCAGGGGCUGGCUUGGCGGUGCAGGUUUGUUUUCCAGGGAAUUCAGUGCCACACGGACAAUCAGGAGGAGCAACGUUUCUCCGUGACAUUGGCUGCGUUUUCCCCAGUGGAAUUUCAUCCAGGAAAAGUCUGGCUAAAUUUGCUCUUCAGGAAUUGUUGGUUUUUCUCUGCUUUUGCCAAAGAUCCCAAAGAGUGGGAGCAGCUUUGGAGUUUCAAUCCAGGAGUUUGGAGUCUCUGAGCAGCAGAAAGGGGCAGGUGGCAGCCAAGAGCUGCUUCCUUGGUUUUACAAUUCCAUGGAAACCAGAGCAGUCUGGCACUUGGAUCCUGUCCCCAGCUGCUCCAGCUCCCCUGGAAUUGGGCACUCGGGAGACCAGAACAUCUAGAAUAAAGCCUGGGAAAAGGAGCUGUGCUGGAAAAGGCUUUUCCUGCUCCAUUUUAGCAGACUGGGAUCUGGGGGAUUUCCCCUGGGCAGGGAAGGAGCCUUGGAAUGUUGUCCAGCUGGGCUGACUCCUGGUUUUUUCACAACAGCAACUCACUGCUACCAUGUAAUGCUUCAAACCUGCAGCUUCUCCCGUUCCCUUUCCCGUCCCUGUAGUGUUCCCACAGCAAUUCCUCAGCUGAGGCUGUGAGCAGAACUUUGGGAAAGGUAAGCACAAUCCAGCCUUGGUGAGAUCCAGCAAUAAAGACAACCCCCUCCCCACCCGUGGCACAGAGCUAUUUUUUGGGAUAAAGGGAUGGGGGAGGCGUUCUCAUGGAAUUCUAAGGUGGAAAAAAGGGAAUUUUUGUACCAGAGGACAUUUCCAAGGGGUUGUAGAUAUAUUUAAAGGCCGAGGACUUGGAUCUGGAGCUGGGGAAUGUUUUGUACUCUGGGAACAUAUGGAAGCGAGUUACUUGUUUGAGCUGUUCCUAAUAAAAUAUGGAAUAUGGAGACCUCCCAGUGACUCAGUUG